AUGCACCGCGGGCUCCCCGAAGCUUCAGAACACGCUGCGCUGCAAUCCAUCCCCUCGUCCUCCACGUCCUUUGCCCAACAUGGCCUCGAUCGUCCCCGCCCGGACGCCUCUCUGCGCGAUGCCGCCGUCACACGCACAGCUGUCUCAGCCGUCGCGGCUGGCGAUAGCUCCGUCGAUAUCCAGAAACUCGACGAGAAGCUCCGCCGCCUGAAGACAGCCGCCGCUGCCAGCACUUCUUCGCCCUUCUCCUCGUCGCCCGCCUCGCCGUCGGCCGCUUCCACGUCAGUAUUGACUGCGUCGACCAUAGCCGGCCAACGCGUGGCCGAGUAUGAGCGUGCCCGCACGCCGGCUGCCUGGCGCCGCGAACGCGUCGUGUUCCAGGUCGUCAAGAAAGCCCCCGGCGCGUCUGGCUCCCUUCUCGGGACAGGCCGCAGCCUCAACGACUUUCCCAACGAGGUCCUGACCCACGUCUUCUCGUAUCUGCAGCCCGGCGCCCACGACUCUGUCGCGCUCGUCUCCAAGCGCUUCUACGCCCUCAUCACCACUCCGCAUGCCUGGCGCAUGGCCUUUUCGCGCUUCUUCCCGGGCCAAGAAGCUGCCACCUUGAACGGUACGGCGGCUCUCCUGGCAGCGGCUUCUGAUGGUAGUGGAGGUGGUGGUGGCGGCAGCGGCGGUGGUGAGGACCACAGCAUGGCCGUCGCUCGUGCGGACGCUCGCCGCUUCGGUCGCUUGACUGCCCUUGCCUCCUGGCGCAGCGAAUACCUUCUUCGAACCCGCCUCUUGCGCAGCCUCAUGUCCGGGAAACCGGGCGUGUCCGUUGGCGUCAAGGGCGAGGGCCCGGGCAGCAAGGCUGUCAUGGCCCACAACAAAAAGGCCACCGCUGUCAUCACCUACAACUCGCAGCUGCCGGGUACGGUCGACCGCUUGCAUGCCGCCUUUGCCGCCACCGGGAAGAAGCAGCCGCGCGUGGUCCACGGCGCUUCUGCCUUUGGCGUCGUCACCUCCAGCAACCCCUCUCUCGGCAAGCUCGAGGGCUGGGGCUACCGCGAGGAGUAUAUGGCGCCGCAGCUGGAGGAUGUCAACCACAGCCUCACUCCCUUUGGUCUGGGCCCCGGCCGUGCCGCCAUGCCGAAUGUCAUGGACGUCAGCAACCUGUACGGCGCCAUUGUCGGCGAGGCUUUUCCUGGAGGCCGUGCCCUGACACGCGCCACCAACGACCGCAGCCUGGCCUACCUCGACAACGCGACGCGCCGCCGCCAUUUCCCGGCCCUGCUGAACGCUGUCGACGCGGCGCCCGACUUGUCCGAGGUUCCUACCAUCCCUGAAGCCGCGGAAGCCGUCACGGCCGUGUGGGUCGCCAAGACGACGGCUGUGCCGACCGUGACCAAGUCCAUGGUUGGCUUCUUGACGGGCUCGUCGCUCGGUGUCGUUUCGUCCUACUCGCUCGACAAGGCCAACUCGUCUUCUCGCUACCCGUACUCGCAUCUUACGGCCCGCUGGGUCGUGAGCCCCGGCGUCCCGAUCAUUGCUGUCACUGCUGACGACACCUACACGGAAAAGCGCCGCGCCGCUCGCCGCGUCUGGGCUGUCGCCUUAAACGCCCUGGGCGAAGUGUAUUAUUUGCAGGAUGUGCUGACUGCGCCCUCUACAGCGGCAACCGUCACCGUCGAGCACGACCAACUGGCCUGGCAGGCCGGCCGUUCGGUCAGCUGGGAACUUGUGGAAGCCUCCCGUCGCACCCUGACAUCGGACUGGUUUGACGACAAGGUCGAGUCGCUCCGCAUUGCCGCCUCGUCGUCCCCGCAUCUGUCGCCCGACUCCGUGGGCCUUGUCCAGGAGCAGCGCGUGGCCGAGGCCCGCGAGAUCGAGCGGUACUUUGCCCUCAUGCCAGAGCACUUCCGCGCCGUGUACGACACCUGGGACAUGCGGCUGCAGCUGCAAGUCGAUUUUGCAGGCGGCAGCAACGGCAGCAGCAGCGCGAGUACAGCAGAGAACAUAGUGGUGGUUCGCAGCGGUGCCGAACAAAAGGGCCAGCGCAGUCCACAACCCGCCAAGGUGACGCGCUAUACAAGACUUGUCACGGCUGCCGCUGCCGCUGCCGCUGCACCGGCCGCUUCGUCCGAUCCUGCGACGCCGGCCACGCCCUUGUCCCCUGUGUCGUCGGGCACCGUUCCGCCUGAACCGUCACCUGCGCUCUCCAUCUUUAGCUCGGGCCAAAACACGCCCACGCCCACAUCCCCAACACCGACGCCGCCGUCCCGUGCCGGUGCAGCCACCGGUACGCCUGUCGUGGCUAGUCUUCCCGGUGGCGAGUGGACGCCGCGCCUGACCAACGUUGCGUCUGCGACGGUCGGCUGGCAAAUGACUACCUUUUCUCUCAAGGGUAGCAACAGCAGCAAGUCUACGGUUGAUGCCGAGAUUACCUGCAGUGCCAUUGACUUGAGCUUGUACUCGGUUGUUGCACCGUUUGAGGACAACCUUCUCCAGCAGCAGUCCGACGGUGUACCGACGACGAUUGGCGAGAUUCCUGGUCGGCGUUCACGCUGGCUGGCCGUCGGUACCAAAACUGGUGCUGUCAUCGUGUGGAACCUGCGCGAGGCGGUGUCGUCUUCGUUGCUCUCGACCGAUUCCACGUUUGUCGCCGAAAACACGAAAGAAAACAUCGUCUGGCCAUUGCGCAUCAUCCGCACCGACUCACCUGCCAUCACCAGUCUGGCCGUCUCGGCCCUGUACCUCGUUCACGGCGGCAGCGACAGUCUCGUCCAGGCCUGGGAUCCUCUCACGUCCACAAACGGCCCCGUUCGCACGCUCAACGCGCCGUCGUCCGGCCGCAUCCCGCGCCACCUGACGCACCUGCGCGCCCAGCUCACGCCCGCCAUGUUUGCCUCGGUCGGUGCCAUCUUUCUGGACCCGGACCCGACCGUGUUGCGCGGCGUCUUGGCCGUCGGCACCCUCAUCCGCUUCUGGUCGUACAGUUCUGCCAUCCGCAACGCCAGCCGCAAAAAGGGCCGCCGCCUCCGCCACACCAACGCUGAGGGCCAGCUCGUCAACCGCCGCCUCAUGGGCGAAAAGGUGUCCGACUACAUUGCCGCCGAGGCGGCCGAGCUGCGUCGUGAGCAGGAGAGCGACGAGCGCCAUCGCGCACGCCUGCUGCAGCGCUUUGGCGUCGGUCUGGCCGGCCUGACGGACGAGGAAGCCAUCCGGUACGCUGAGAUUCUGUCACAAGAAACGUUUUCGCUCGACGAGCAGCGCCACCAGCAGUUCCACUCACUGUCUCAAUCCGGCGACUCGGCCGAGUCAUUGUCGUCUGUGGCCUCAGCCACGACGUUUUCAUCCGAGGAGGCCGUCAGUGCUAGGGGUGGCCCGGUGGACACCGUCACGUCUGAACCGAGCAUGUCCGGGCGCAGUCCUCCUGGUACGAGUGCUGUGAGUAGCGGCAGCGGCAGCGGUGUCACGACGCGCGCCGCGUCGGCUCGCUCGCCAUCGAGCCGCCGCGUCAGCCACGGCGGCCGCAAUGGGCCCACGCUGGUCGCCGAAGAAGACGACUUUGAGCUGCAGAUCCAGCGCGCCAUUCGCCUGUCGCUGAUGGAAGGAGUCAACGACGAUGGGCCCGAUGCAGCUGGUGUGACGAUCGCCCCUGGUACUACGACGUCGGAUCCGUUCCAGGCUCUGCCGCAGACGCCGAGCCCGCCGAUGUACGAGAGCAGGGCCAAAGGCAAAGGCAAGGGAAAGGGCAAAGCGAAGAGCAAGGGCAAAGCGCCUGGGUCUUCGUCUUCCCCGUUUGCCCUGUCGUCGUCGCCGGACGACGAUUUCCGCUACGACGGACACGACAGUCGUAGCCAUUAUUCGACAGCCGGCGCCUCCUCAGCAGCCGGGCCGGCCACGACCCAGACACUGCUCCCAGAGCACCACGUCGUCGGCGAAAACGAAGACGACGAUUUCCAGAUGGCCCUGCAGCUGAGCCUGCAGGAGGAAGAGGACAAGACUGCGGGCCUGGGACAGAUGGUCCAUGGAAGCGACCUGCAGGAGCAGUACGACAAUGACGCGGCGCUGGCGGCGCUGCUGCAUGAGGACGAGUUCCCGGCGCUGGAGGUCAAGUACACCGGCAAGGGCAAAGGCAAGGGGAAGUAG